CAGUGCUGAGAGAGUUUGACCAGUUCAAGCUGAAAAUGAUCGUGUCGCUGACGACGACGAGGCUGAGUUUGAAUUGUGGAGCAUCGACGGAUGGUGGACAGAGAUAUGAAGGAGAUGUUUGAUGAUUCACAGAAAAACCAAGACGCCAAAUGCAGAACAAAUGGACGUCCAAGUGCAAAGUCAAGCGCUGAAUGAAGCGAAAAAGCGUAAUAAUGUCACAAAAAAGAAUUUAUCACAAAGCAGAAGAACUACAAAGACCAACAAGUCUUUCACUUGCUCUGAGUGUGGAAAGAGUUUCACACUAAAAGGAAGCUUUAAAAAGCACCAACUAAUUCAUACUGGCGAGAAGCUUCACACGUGUCCUCAGUGUGGAAAGAGUUUCAUGCUAAAAGGCCACCUUAACAGACACAUAAGAAUCCACACUGGAGAGAAACCUCACGCAUGUCUUCAGUGUGGAAAGAGUUUUUCACAAAAGAUUAAUCUCAGUCGUCAUCAGCGCUGUCGUGAAAAACCAUUCAGCUGUGAUCAGUGUGACAAGAAGUUCAGAUCCUCAUCAUAUUUCGACAAACACCUGACAGUUCACGCAGUUGAGAGGCCGUACUUGUGUCCAGUGUGUGGAAAGAGUUUUUCACGGCUGGCCAAUUGCAAAACGCACCAGAAGAUCCAUUCUGUGAAAAGUCAUACUUGUGUGGAGUGUGGCAAGACCUUCAGCAUACUUGAACGUCUCAAAAGGCAUCUGAAAAGUCACUCUGAAGAAAGACCGUUCACAUGCACUCAGUGUGGAAAUGGAUUCAAAGUGAAAGUCCACCUGAACAAACACAUGAGGAUUCACACUGGAGAGAAGCCGCACACGUGUCAUCAGUGUGGGAAGAGCUUCAUACAGCUGUCAGGUCUCCGCUAUCAUAUGCGACGUCACUCUGGAGAAAAACCUUAUCAUUGUGAUCAGUGUGGGAAGACAUUUACAUCGUCAUCAAUUCUAAAAAGACACCUGAUGGUUCAUGCGGAUGAGAGGCUCCAUAAGUGCUCUUUGUGUAAAAAGAGUUUUUCACGACCGGACAAUUUGAAACAGCACCAAAAAGUACAUGAUGCUGUACGGGAUCACAUGUGUUUCGAGUGCGGGAAGAGCUUUAUAGCAGCGAGUCAUUUGAAAAGUCACCAAAAAAUUCACACUGGAGAAAAACUGUUCAGCUGCUCGCAGUGUGGAAGGAGUUUCACACAAAAAAGCCACUUAAACAAACACUCACAUAUUCAUGGCGGCGAGGAGCCGCAAUCAUUGCUCAAGUAA